AUGGCUGAAUACGGACCAACUGCCUUACCUCCAGGUGCAAACGAUGGCGGCGACGGCUCGAGCAUGAAGACAGCUACGUGGGUGGUUGGUAGCGACAAGAACGCACGAAGCUUCGUCGUGAAGCAAGGUCCUGCCUUUGUACGCUGCAACCUUACUGACGCUCUCGACUUCAACGAUAUGCAUUACCAUGUCUUCGACCCGCCCACUGGUCGCCGAGUCAAGUUCGUGUGGAAAGGCCCUGGUCGUCCUCAGUUCCAGGCCUUUGCCCACCAGUACUGGGAGAUCCAACAGGAGGAAGAGGAUUCCCUAGCUCGGGGUGACCGCCUACCUGGUGAAGAUCUCAGUGAAGACGCUGAAGAAGAUUAUGAUAUCGCUGGAGAUGCUGUUUUCGACCGUGUCGAACGAACACCAACACAGCUUACCCAUCAAAUCAACUCUGCUUCAUCCCCUCCGAGUUCUUCACGCAACUUCUCUUCAUCCCCUCCUUCUGGUGGUUAUGGUCGAGGCAGUCCUUCGACUCCUCGAGGUCGCGGCCCUGUCAGCCAGCCAGGAUCUGGUCGAGGUUCGAGUGCACGCGGUUCUGGUACUCCUCGAGGUCGUGGCUCAGGUGGCUCGCGACGAGAUCAAGGAUCUCCAAAGUCACCGAUGUCGCCAUCCUUUGACAAGAGCAAGGGUCCAGGCGGUGGCUCUCCUGGAGCUGGAACGGUUUGA